AUGAAGUACUUUAGCUUUGCCUUUCUGGUCUUACUCUUCAUUGCGGUGGAAUCAAAGACCUUACUUGAUAUUGAAAUCGAGACAACCAAAGAAUUGAUUGAACUUUAUCAAAGAAAAGCUGAUUUGAUAAGUAAGAUGAAUACAACAGAAGGAGUCUCAACAAAUAAAGUUGAAGAAGCCAUCAGCAAACAAGAAAGAUUCUUAACAAAGAAAAGAGUUAAUAUGACAGAAAUGAUUGGAUUUGAGGACCCAUUUAAAGAAUCUCCUCACUAUGUUUCAUCUGUGUCUGAUAAUCAGAAGGAAUAUGAAAAGCAUCGUGAUCGAUUAGAAUCUUUGUUCCAUGAGAGAAUCUUGUUUGAUGAAAAUGGAAGAAAUAUUACUCAACAUCAGAUCAUGAACAUUAAACCACUCACAAGAUCUUCCUCCGGUGGGUAUAUGGUCCAAGGAGUACUGCUUGGAUUAGAUAACAUAGAUAUUCAUGUAUACGAUGUUUAUAAAAAUCUUUUAGUAAACAUGUCGAUGGCAGAAUAUGGCGGAAUCAAGCUACUCAAAGGUUCAAAUCACAAUGAAGAUAUGUACAUUGUGGCUAUCUCUCCAGACAAUCAUUUAUGAGAAUUUAACAUUGAAUUAAUUAACACUUUCAAUAAGCGUAAGGAAGAGCAGAACACGAGAAAUCCAAAAGGAAUUUUGCAUCCAAUAAAUGAGACAAAGAGUAAAGAAACAGGAAGAGAAGAUUUAUUCAACAAAAAUUAUAAAAGAAUGCUUUCUUUAUACAAGUACUAUGUGGAAAAUUCAAAAUGAGUAAAUCUUAACGAAUUCAUGAAUACCACCAAUGUCAAUUAUAAUCAUAUUGAGUUCUACAUGAAUAGAGGCAUAAAGUAUUACAUAUUAGGAGAUGAUCAAGGAUAUGUCAACAUUAUCGAGAAAGGAUUAGAAAAUAGAUAUAGAAUCUAUUCUGGAGAAGAUGAAAUAAUCCAAAUUGUCAAGCAUUCUCUCACUUUAAUGAUAGUAAAUAAACAUGAUAUUAGGUUCAUUAAGUUCUUUAAGAGAGAAAUUUCUUCUAUAAGAUGUCACUCAGGAAUCUCCGAGCUUAAAUCAAUAGUUGUAGACACCAAUCACAAUGGAUUUGUGUAUGGAAUUUCUGCAGAUGGGGAUAUUUUAAUGUUUAAAACAGAAAAGCUUGUCAACAACAAUGUAGACAAUAUCAAAUGCAACCUUCAGGGAAAGUUAAAAGUAAAUCUCCCGAAAGACGGGGGCAAAGAAAUAUCUCUUUCUAGCUUGACUAACUACCUGAUAGCUCUAAAAUCUGAUGGAAAUCUAGAGAUCUUCGAUAUGACAAAUAUCAACGACUUCUUUGCAAACCCUAUCAGCUACAGCAUCAAGCUACCCUUCACCACUUACUCAGAGAUUUUGCCAAGUACACCUGCCCUGAGGUCAAUAAAGUCUUUUAAUGGGAACUUAUUCCUUGUAAAUUUCUUGACCCCUACUAAUUCUAAGCUUGCUCUGUACGAAUGUUUGACUCCAGUCAAGCGUGAAACAAACGAAGGCGAACUAUUUAACUUCAAAUUCCCCAUAUUCUUCAUUGCCUUCGCUGUUGUUCUAGUGUUCCAGUUCGCUAAUAGGAAGGAAGGAGAAGAUAACGAUAUAAUAAGCAUUCUGCUAGGAUGUUGUGGGAUGAGAAAGAGAGGCAAAAUUUUUAGGAAUAAGAAGGAAAAAGAAAUGCAUGAACUCGAAAAGCUAGUCACCCAGUUUACAAAAAGAAAUACAGAUGCAAUGGAUAAAAUUGGAGGAGAUAAGUUAGGCGGUUAAUAUUAGAUUUAAGAAAAGACAAAC